AUGCGUAUUGGAAAAGAUGUAUAUCAAGACAAUGACAAAUAUGGACUAUAUGAGAAUACUAGCUCCAAUAAACCACUUACUACUCAAAGAAAACGAUACAAAUCUAACAAAGAAAUCGAAGAACUUGAAGCUCUGUCAAAUGAUUCUUUUGAAUUAUUUACAAUUGUAAGAAUACUAAACAAUCCAUCCACUCUUUCUAGCUGGGAAACAAAUACAUUUGAAAAAAUAUUGUUUUUAAAAUGA